AUGAUUAUCAAUAACAGUGAGUCUUCUGUUCAUGAUUUCAUUGAUGCUCUUUCUUCUUGCUUCAAGCUUCGGGAUCUUGGUGAAGCUAAGUAUUUCCUUGGUUUGGAAAUCGCUCGUUCUUUUCAAGGGAUCUCGGUUUGUCAGCGGAAGUAUGUAUUGGAGUUGCUCGAGGUCACUGGCUUCCUCGGUUGUAAGCCUUCUUCUGUGCCUCUGGAUCCAGGUGUGAAGUUGACGAAAGACGCAGGCACUCCCUUGACUGAUCCCACUUCUUAUCGCAAGAUUGUUGGCAAGUUGAUGUACCUCCAUACCACUAGACCUGACAUCUCCUAUUCGGUGAACACUUUGUGUCAAUUCUCUCAUGAUCCUCGUGAUGUUCAUCUCAAAGCGGCUCACAAGGUUUUGCGUUAUUUGAAAGGAUCCGUUGGUCAGGGUCUCUUUUAUGCCGCUGAUUCCUCCUUUGAUCUCCAUGGUUAUACUGAUUCUGACUGGGGCACCAGUACUGAUGAUCGCAAAUCCAUCUCUGGUUAUUGCAUGUUUAUUGGUGACUCUUUAGUCUCUUGGAAAUCGAAGAAAUAG